UGCAUUCAGGGAGUUCUUAGAACCACCGACAACAUGGUGAUGCUACGAGUUGAAGAUCUGGUGACCGGCAAGAAGAGCUUGGCUAAACCCGGGGGAUGGGAGGCCGGUUCGCGGAGUGUGCAGGAGGAGUUCGGAAGUGGAGGAUACUGUUCUGCGGUGGCGAUCGAGAAACAAGAUGAUCUGAAGACCCAGACAGAGCCAUUCCCGUUCAUACCCAGCCACCAGCACCAGAAAGAGAAACUCCAGCCGGUGGCACACAGCAAAAAUAUAAAACCCCUGGAUCAGAGACUGAAGCUUGAAACCAUAGAUGAUCUUCAAUUCAUCGUAAGCUUGAAAAAGAAGCAGCAGCAAUCCAAGACCAUCGCCGCGGAGCCCCCAAAGGAGCAAGAGCCGGAAAUUAUAACCGAACCUGUAGAUGUGGAAACUUUUUGGAGGGCGGCACUGGACAACAAGCCCCAUGUGGUAGAGAAAUACCUUGCGGAUGGCGGCCAGCCGGAUGUAUGUGACCAGUUUAACAGGACUGCCCUGCACCGCGCCUGCUCAGAGGGAAAUGAAGAGAUUGUGCUGAAACUAUUGGAAGCCGGAGCCUCCACCGAGUUUCGCGAUAUGCUCGACGCAACAGCAGUCCACUGGUCCUGUCGCGGAGGCAGCCUGGAAGUUUUAAAAACUUUGUUAAAUAAAGACGCAGCUGUAAACGCGAAAGACAAGUUAUGCAGUACUCCUUUGCACGUCGCUGUCAGAACCGGACAUUAUGAAUGUGCUGAGCAUCUAAUCGCGUGUGGAGCAGAUCUGAGUGCCAGAGACAUUGAAGGGGACACGCCUAUGCAUGAUGCAGUACGACUGGGCCGUUACCGACUAAUGAAGCUCCUGAUGAUUUAUGGAGCCAAACCCACUUUAAAAAAUUGUAACGGACAGACACCACUAGAUCUUGUUCUUCAGUGGCAAACUGGCGCAAAGGAAAUACUUAACCAAUUUAUGGAAACCUCGCAGGUGUCAUCAAAAUGAAAUUUGCUGUGCCGAAGAGUAAAGCGACCCUCUUCCCUACCCCCUCCUCCACCCCCAAGGAUGCCGGGUGCAUUCUCCUGCUCUGAAUUUGCGAGAACUUCGACACAUUCACCACAUGCGUAAUAGUAGAAACGUUCAAUCAUCAAAGCUCAAUAUAACAUUGAAAUUGCUUCAGUUUAUGGCCUAUUGAAACUUAACUAAGAGAAGUGAAAAGUCAAGGCUGUUUUUUUAAAUGAAGACUCAAAUUCCUGCUGACUUUUUCAACUGUCAGUAACAAAGUUUAUUCUGAAAAUAGGAAGUUGAAGGAACAAGACUGCGGAACACUGAAGAAAUGGAAGUCGGAGUGGUUUGCGUACAGAGGAUUGAUGUUUUAGAGAUAAUGAGUGGGACAAGGUGCUUUAAGAGUUUCACUAUUCUAUAAUUAAUUAGCAAUGGCGAAACUAUGUUCUAUUACCUCCCCUCCAUAUAUAUAAGAUGGCAAUUCAGCUAUUAAAAAUAAUUUCUUAAUAGGUGGAUUUGAAAGUGGGUUCUUAGAUGGAAUUUAGGUAUGGGUGAGACAUGUAUGUGGAAAGUCAAAAAUAAGGAUACACGAAGGUUAUGAACUGGAACUUUAUGAAGUAAUGGAUUAUAUUUAUGAUGUAAAGUUUGUACAUUUGUUUUAAAUUUGUAAAUUUUGUACACUUUAAGUAUUUACUGUUAUUUAUCUGCAACUUAAGAGAAAUAAGGCUGCUUUUGCAAGUGUGAUACGAUUCCAAAGAUUUAAGUAAGAAAAAUUGUAUGUUCUAUAAUACUAGUGAUACAAUAAUGAACAAUUGGAGGCAAGUCUCCAACCUGGAUAGUGGUUCCUGAGAGCAGGAAGACUUGAAAAUCUGGGAUGUAUAUCAAUGGUCAUUUGGCAGAAUUGAACAUAACUGCAGCACAAAUGUGACCAAGACCUUUGGUCAUCAUGGGCAAGAUCGUGCAUUCAGCCAGUGCUUUUGGAUGUUUGUGGGUGGUCUGCCCACCAAUACAUGCAUGUGAUCUGAGGUGAUGUUGUAGAGUCUCAUAAUGAUUACCCUCAUGUCUUCUGCUCAAAAAGUGAUUUCUCAUAUAUUUAAAGUUAUAUUAUGACUUAUAUUAAAAUAGGUAUUGUACUAUUUUUUCCUCGGAUUUAUUCAAACAUUGAAAAUCAUAUUGUAAACAGAACAAAAAUAAAUGUAUGAUUAAGAUCUUUUCCAUCAUUUCAUGCAUGUUGGUAACUAUAUCUAUAUUCACAUCAGUUGUGAUAUUUAUGGAGAUGAAGGAUUCAAAAGCCACAGGCCAUUAAGAUGACAAUGCUACCUAGUAAGCAGGUGUGAUUAAUUCAAAUAACCAAUUAAUCAUCUGGAGCAAGGCUACAACUGUCGAAUAAGUGUGUGACUGAGCAAAGAUCCAAAUAAGUAGAUAACUAAUAAUUCCAGAAACCAUGAAUAGAAACUUUGGUGAUCAAACUGAAAAGUUGAAUUAACACUUAGAAUCAUCCUUAAUUUUGUAUCUAAGCCUCAACUUAAUUCCCUUACAUGAAAGUUGUUGUUAAGGUCAUCUCCAGUGAUGGGCUUCCUACGCAUGUCUACAACAGGCCCACCAAUUCCCACACCUACCUAGAACAUUAUUUCCAAAAUUCCAUUAAUUUUCCCAAUUUUCUUUUUUUUCCCUGGUGAUGCCACUUUUCCAAACUGGUGUUGAAAUGUUCGGA